AUGGAAAGAAAGUUAACUUCACCAAGCUUGGAUUCAGACCCGACAUUACAAGGUUUACUGAGCUUUGAAAGGCUUGACCGCUCCUCCCCAGAUUUAUGGCCAGAUCAAAUGCCUGGUGUGUCAGACUUUGCAGAAUUACGAUCAAGUCCUUCACCUGGUUCUACUGGACAAACAAAAUUAUCCACUGGCUUGGGAGAUGAUGAUAUGGAUUUAUUACAGGAGUUUGGUAGUUUAACCUCAGCUCAGUUGAUGGAAAAGGUCAGAGGUCUUCAGAAUUUGGCAUACCAGCUUGGUUUAGAGGAAGCAAGGGAGAUGACGAGAGGAAAGUUUCUGAAUAUUUUACAGAAAAGCCAAAGAAAUAAUUCUGGACGAAAGCAUUAAGCAUUGUGUAAAUACAGUGGAACAAAAAUUUCAACAAACGUGUUUAUAUUCUUUCAAAAUUAGGCAUGCUAUAAUUUAAGUGAUAACUGAUAUUGUUAAUCAAUAUUAUACUUCCCUGAAAUUUCUCACCCAUUUUUUUAUUGUAAAAAUUUCCUACUCAAGAUCCCUUCAACAAUUGGGGUUAUGCAUUUUUAAAAGAAGUUUGUCAGACAGAAAAGAAUAUGUGGAUAUACACCCCCAAAUUAUUGCACUAGUUUAGCCCUGAUUCUAUUUUUGAUCCUAGAAAACCUGAAUGUGUAGACCAAGCAUUAUUUAGCACAUGAUCUUAUAUAACAAUUAUGUCUGUCAUGUAUUUAAAUUGUCUGUAUGCUUCCACUUUUAAAAUGCAAAUUGUAUGAACUAGCAAUG